GAUCGAAAGCUAUUUCAACGAUCCUCCCCCCGAAUUGUGAUACACGUGUUAAAAUCAUUCAAAAGACAAGGAGUCGAAACUCAACGGCUAUCUCAAAAUGAUAAUCCCAAAAUAAUCAUCAUGGUGUUCCCGAUUUUUCAUAUCGUACAGUAUGAUACUCUACGGUACGUACGUAGCUGAUAUUUCUGCUGGUUUUGAAGUUUUGUGACCCUACGGACCUGAACAGUACGUACGGUAGGAUUGAGGUGAAACUAAACCUGAGCAAGGCACGGUCCGACGAGAGUGAAGCGGAGGACACAACAUAUGCAUAACCUUCUUGUCAACUUCGAAGUAAAGACGAGAUUUUUUAACUGAUCAAGCAAAAUGGCGUUGCAAGACGCAGUGAAGGAUUACCUUCCCGAUUGGCCAGAAUGGUGAGUGCUGUAGGAAAUGCAUUCUUUCUUUCGAUUUUACCGCCUGCUAGUUCCUAGCAGACUUUUUGAAUGCGAGAAUGAUUUGAAGGGAUCAAUCCUGCUAGAUUUUAUGUUGCUUUGAAGAUAUUUUGAGUUUAAAAUCCUCUCCCCUCAUCAAAUUUUGGUGACCUGUGCUUUUCCUGGUUCAUAGGGCACUGGACGUACUCUUGGUGAUGGCCGCACUGCUAACAGUCACUAUUGUGAUUACGCAGUAUUUGUACACAUCUCCGGAGGAAAAAGAAGAAACAUCGACAAAUGAUGUUACAUCUCAUGCUGAUUUGAAAAAGAAAUUUGACGGGUUCCGUCGAAAGUACAUUAUCGUGUACCUAGUUAUCAUGUUGGCCGAUUGGAUGCAAGGAACGCACAUGUACACCUUGUACCUAUCUUACAAUGUGAACGUGUCGGCACUUUUCAUAACAGGAUUUUUGAGUGGCGCAAUAUUUGCUCCAUUUUUGGGAAGCUUUGUAGAUAAAUUCGGGCGUAAAAAAUCUUGCAUCGUUUAUUGCGUUUUGGAAGUUAUCAUCAACACCCUUGAACACUCGCACGAUUUUGGCAUCCUUUUGUUUGGCCGUGUUCUGGGUGGAAUUUCCACCAACUUGCUGUUUUCGGCCUUUGAAUCUUGGAUGACAACAGAACACAGGAAGAGUGGAUUUCCUGAGGAAUGGAUGUCAAAGACCUAUGCAGAUCAAUCCAUCGGAAAUGGUACCAUGGCCAUUUUGGCUGGAAUUGUCGCUCAAGUAUUGGAGGACAAUCUAGGACAAAUCGGACCCUUCCAGGGUGCUAUUGCUCUUACCGUGCUAGCGUUGAUCUUGGUACUUCCAUGGGAAGAAAAUUACGGCGAGGAAGAAAGUGAUAAUGAUCACAGUCUGUAUCAUCAAUUUAAAUUGGGAUGGGGAGCGACUCUCUCAGAUUCGCGUAUCUGGAGAAUUGGUUUGACCCAAGCACUCAGCGAAGGUGGAAUGUAUACUUUUGUGUUCAUGUGGGUACCCACUCUUCUAUCUAUGAAUCCGCCUGGUGGAUUACCAACGGGUUGCGUCUUUGCGGCGAUGAUGAUGGCUAUCACAAUCGGGGGUAUGGUCUAUCCUCCAUUGCAAUCAAUUAUGUCUAACUUUUCACCAAAAGGAAAGGCACCUGAACUCUGCGCGACUUUUGUUUACCUAGUGGCUUCAGCCAGCACAGCGGUUCCGGCCUUCAUCUUGUCUCAAGGUGCAUCGGAUGUCGCAGGAGCACUUACCAUUGUGAUCUCUGCAUUCAUGGUAACAGAAGCCACUGUCGGUUUGUUUAUGCCCGUGGCCGGAACUCUCCGAUCGAAGUAUGUCCCUGACGCCUUGCAAGGUGCCAUCCUUAACAUUUUCCGGCUUCCUUUGAAUGCUGUGGUUGUUGCAGGAACCCACGCAACAGAUCAUUUGGAUCCAAAUAUUUGCUUUCAGCUUGUUAGUGCUCUUUUCUUGGGAGCUGCUUUGCUGCAAGGGACAUUUUUGUUUGGGGGAUCGUCCACAAGUACUACCAGUAGCAAGAAGAACGAUUAGCUUUUCGUGCAAGUAUAAUCGUAAUUGAUCUAAAUUACUCCGUGUGUCAUGUAUGUUCAUUGAAGUACGCAUUCUAUUGCUUUUUAAGUCUGCCUUAGUUUCAUAUCUGAGCCCAAACUAAACAGAUGAAUUCGAA